AUGGCAAGUGAUUUACAAAAAGCGAUCGAUGAGUUGGAACAUUUUUCCGCGAUUUUAAAAAGUGCCAACAAACUGUAUGCUUCGGCGAGUGAACUAGUAAAAUAUUGUCUGCCCCAUCAGACACUCAAAGAAUUAGUCGAAACUCUUUGGUGUACCGAACUUCAAGCCGAUAGAAGGCAGAAAAUUUGCAAAUUGGUCCAUGAUAUCGUACAACGAAUCUCAACGAAUACUGCUAGUGCAAUUAGGAAAUAUGCCAAGGAAAAAAGCGUAAUUGUCAAUUUGACGACUAACGAGUCAUGGGGAUUGUAUGACAAAUGCAGUGGCGAUAAACUUGGAGAUGUGCUUUCCAACUGUCUUUUCCUGUUUCACACUGUAUAUAAUAUCAGAUCCAUUCCAUAUUUAUUUUCAUUGGAUGAAAUAGACGAAUUUGACAGGAUUUAUUAUGCUGCUAAACAACUUUUGGACCAAACGGAACUGGACAGUUUAAAGAGGAAGUUACCAAAAGCAGUUUUGGAAAUGUAUGGACAGAGAAUACGAUCCAAUAAAGAAGUAAAUUCAAUUUUUGCUCACAGAGCCUUUUUGUUUUCCACAUCAGAGGCUCUAAAUACUGAGAGAACUGAUACUAAAGAAGAUACCAAAAAAUUCACAGAAACUGUGGAGAAACUCAUUAGUAAAAUCACAACCCAUGAUUUCGACAUAUUUGAAAUGCGUAGACUUGUCGAAUUCAAUUUAACUGGAAAAAUUGAUUUUGCUCUUUUCAGAAAGGCAUGCAAUGUUUUGUCCAAAAUACAAGCAGUAGCUGACUUUCGUGUUGCUGAUGAGUUUUUGAAAGUUCUGAAAUGCAUUGCAUGUAGUUACAAGGAUUGGGGUGCAAUAAUGACUUUUUUUUACGGAGAAUUCCAAGAAGUAAAUGGUAGUCUUCAGACUUUCAAACAGUUCUAUCAGAAUUUUGAAGAAGACAUGAGGAAUCUUCUCAUCUACCUUGAAGACCACGCACAACUUCAUACGAACCAAAUUAAGUUGGAAAAAGCAACUGAUGAGUGUGCAUGGCUUCUAAUAAUUUCGCCUGUUGAGACAAUGAUAUCACUAUUUCUGCAGUGUUUGGAGAAUAUUUUAAUGGUACCAAAUCUUAUCAGAAUUUUGCGUAAACUACCGACAUACUGUGACAUUGAACUGGAAGCAGUGUUCGAUGAGGACAGUACUACUAAGCGCAAAACACCAAUUUUGAUGCUUGCUUUGAGACAUAUUUUGACUGUUGAACGGUCAUCUAUACAAUGUGGUGCAAAACGUCGAAAUUUCGUUUACAUAUGUGUUGCACUGUGUCGUGAACGUCAUGCAUUAUUGAAGGAUGGGAAGAACGAAACAGAAAAUGAAGGAAUUGAUGGUUCGGAAGCUUUUACUGCACCUUCUGAUUGCAUUGUUGAUUUUGCCCUUGUAGAUGGUUCUGUUAUUCUAAAUCAUCUUGUUCUGCCGACACUAAAACGAGUGUUUUACCAAGAAAUUGCAGUAGAAAUUGGAAAGAAAUUAUUAACAUCUAUUGGUGCACGACGUACUCCGAUAAUCUGGAAAGCUGAACAGGGCAUAAAAUUGGGUCAAGGUGAAGUUGCAGUCAAAAACAGUUCUGGAGUCUCCAUCCUGCAGUUGAUUUUGAUUUUGCUAGAAAUAAUAAAUGAAAAUAAAGACUUUGACGAUCAUGCACUUGUCGGUUCUUGCCAAGAUUUCUUGCGGUUAUUGGGUGAACGACUUGAAGAAGAUGGUCUGAUUAUUGAGAGAGAUGCAUUUAAUAGUUUGCUCACAUGCUUUGAUAAGUCGUUAUGGGCUUAUAGAUAUGCUGUAGCUUCUUGGUUUUACAAAUGCCUUGCAUCUUAUAAGAGGGAGAUCCCGUUGCUGCUUUACGAAGCCUUGAAUGAAGAAAAUAGGCAAACAUUCAAAGCGGUAAAAACUGGUAUAGAUGAUGACGAUAUUUCUGGUCGCGGUUUCCUGCGGAAACUUUUUGAGUUGGCAGCUAUUCAUUCUGAGCUGGCUUUGAAUAUAAUGAAACGUGGGUUUUCUACAUCAGUAAAUAUUGCUGGACACGACGUUUCGGGUGCAUUUGUUGAUGUCAUCCGAGACCACAACAACUUUCCGAAUAACAAAAUCAAUGGUCUAGUAGAAGUCAUUAGAGUAAUCGUUAAUCAGAUCGAUCUAUCUCGUCAAAUAAUACCUCUCCUUACAGAGAUUUCAGAAAGUUCAUUUUACGGACUUCGACUGAUCGAACCAUUACUAUUAAUUCAAGAAGCCGUUAUUUGUGCAGUACAUUAUGAUAAGAAAAAUAUGGGAGAUUUGACUGCAGUGCCGUUUAGUGUUUUGGAACUCGAAAAUCAAGUGGCAGUAAAACUGUUGAAAUUAUUUUGUGAACUUGCAAAGGAUCACAUGCAGAAGGAAAUGAUCGAUUUGCGCAGAAGCUAUAUAAAGCACAAAGUUGAAAUCAAAGAGCCAAGGCUAAUUCCAAGUGAUAUAAAUAUAAGUCGCGAAAUACGUGUUGAAACAGAACUGAUCCAACUUUAUUUUGCAGCGGUUAUUCUCGCAAAUCAUGUUAUUGGACUGCCCUCUUAUUUGAAAAUAUUGUUGGUCCAGUUGACUAAUUUCCACAUUGAAAUGGGAAGAAUGAAACUUGGUUUGGCCUUUGAUGAAAUUAUCAGCAAAGCUUUAUUGGAUCAGGGUGCAAAGGAGAAAACAGCAAACAACAAGCAGUUUUUCGAGAAGUUUUGUGUUGUUUCUGAUUCUGAUCACGAGUUAGCUUCAGUAGAGAUGAAUGAUUGUUCAACUCCACGAACAUCCACCAUUUCAAACAUUGGAUGCGAAACAAAGAAAAUGAUCGACGUCUCAAAUGGAACUGUUGAAGCAAUCCGGGAUUCAUUCAAUGAUCGCCUUUCAAAGACGUCUGAACAAAAUGCAAUCUUUAUGGCCGGUACGCAGAUGAUAAAGGAUCGGGCGAUGUCAGCGAUAAUAGAAAAUCAUUUACAUCACAACAAAAGAAACAACGGGCGAAAAUCAGUUGUUGGGCCAAAACCAAGACAUGGAGCUUUACCACCAUUGUCGCUAGCAGGUGGCAUUAUAAAUAUUGGAAGUGAAGCGGUUGAUGACGGUCAAGGUGAUGGUCAAGAUUACGCUAGCUGUAGAUGGAAUGGUAAUGGUGGUAGUAGCCGCAGUGAUGCUUUUCGUCGCAAAAAUAAAAAACGCAAGUGAACUUGCGAAGUUUUAAGAUCAUCUAUCUAAAAUUGGGUGCAAAAUGUAACUGAUUAUCAUAUGUAAUCCAUUCCUUCAUCUUUAUUCGCAUAAGAUUACUAUACUUUGCGGUUUCUUUGCUAAGGUCAUGUUAAUAUAGAGUUAGAAAUUUAUUGAAAUAUAUUUUAACAUCUAUUCUAGUCAUGCGAAUCAUCCUUUUUUAAUUUCUUUUGAUUUCUAUCAAUUUUAGCUUUAUGUGAAAUUUCAUGUAAAUGUGUAUAAAUAAUCCGUUUACUUUAGGGUGUAUGAAAUGUCCGUUUCUUUAUGAAUAAAUGGGUAUAAUUGAUUACGCAGCA